UUUGUCUCUCCCUUUCUAUAUUUCUUUCUCAAAUUCCAUCAUCUAAAAACCAAACAUGGAAGCUGAUGAAGAUCAACAAUACCCUUCUCAUUGCUUCAAUCUUUACGAAGGAAAUCCGUCUCGUAACAAUGAUUUUAACUCGAUGUUCCUACAAAACCCACAUGAUGAAGACUUCCAUGUUCAUGACCAUCAUCAAGUCGACAAUCAUGACCAGCACCAUCAUCAUCAUCAACCGAGUGUUGUGGUGGAUCAAGAGAAGAGGUUAAGGAGGAUGGCGUCUAAUCGAGAAUCGGCAAGAAGAUCGCGGAUGCGGGAGAGGAAGAAGAUGGAAAGGUUGACAAUGCAAGCAGCACAACUCAUGGCGUCCAAUCAGUUCUUGUCUGACAAAUAUAUCAGCUUGUUGGAGUACAACCACCAGAUCUCGCAAGAGAAUUCACAGCUCAAAAAGACAGUUUCUUCAUUAUUUCAGGAAUAUACUAUAUUUCAUGGAGAACACCAUGAUGAUACGCCAAGAUUUAUCCAUGGUUUUGAUUUAAAUCAACAAUAUCUGCAUCAACCAACUUAACUCGUAAGCCGAAAAAGGUUAUAUUUAUAUACUCCAAUGCUUCGAUUCAAACAUUAUUUUGCUUUUAUACUAUACUAA